GCUAUUCAAUUUCCCUUACCUCCUUCGCAAAAAGCUUUGGAGAGAGGAGGCCCAACUCUCCAUCCACACAUGCACUGUUACGUCUCCCCAUCGAACACUCUUCCUUCUCCCCUGUAGCCCCACACUGCCGCGUCAUCUACUUUUCAUUCACAUCCACUGCACUUUCUUUCCAUUAGAGUAUUCUGGGAAUUUCUUGGAUCUGAAUUGUGGGUUUUUAAAGCUAGAAAUGGGAAUUUUGUUGGUGCUUGGAAUAGAUAAGAAUUGAGUUGGACCUGAUUAGUUCUCUUGCACUGUCAUAGAUUUGGCUUCAUUAUCUUCACUUUUCAAAUAAGUGAACUCCAGAGAACCAGUUGGUGGAGAAAUUUUGUUCCAGCUAUUGUUUAAGGUGGAUGUUCAUGUGGGCUAUUGCAGAAAAUAGAAUUGUGUGAUUAUUGCUUUUGAAUUGGAAACCUGAUGGAUAUUUUGGGAAUUGUGACUGGAUUUUGUCAAAAGCUAUUGUUUUGAAUAAUGGGUUGUGUUUAUUCGAGGUCUUGUAUUGGUGAAAUAUGUGCACCUAGAGAUAUCUAUGUUAAAGAAACUGAAAAUGUGAAAGCAGCAGCUGAGAUUACAGUGUUCUCACCUGCUCAUUCUGACAGUGAAGAAGGGGAAAUCAGAGAUGAAUUGAAUCAGUUAGCAAGGGAUAAUGAAGUUGGUAUUACUAGACUGUCCAGGGUGUCGGCGCAAUUUUUACCACCUGACGGCUCGAGAACUGUGAAGGUUCCAUCCGGGAAUCUUGAAUUGUGCUACUCGUUUUUGUCUCAGAGAGGAUAUUAUCCUGAUGCUCUUGAUAAGGCUAAUCAAGAUAGUUUUUGCAUUCAUACUCCGUUUGGUUCAAACCUGGAUGAUCAUUUCUUUGGUGUAUUUGAUGGACAUGGGGAGGUUGGAGCUCAAUGCUCAAAUUUUGUGAAGCAGAAAUUAUGCGAAAAUUUGCUUAGGAAUAGUCAAUUUCACGUGGAUGCAGUUGAGGCCUGUCAUGCUGCUUUCUUGGCAACAAAUUCACAGUUGCACGACGAUGUCUUAGACGAUAGCAUGAGUGGAACAACUGCGAUCACAGUUCUAGUUCGUGGUAAGACACUUUAUGUUGCCAAUGCAGGUGAUUCGAGAGCUCUUAUAGCUGAGAGAAGAGGGAACGAUAUUGUUGCUGUGGACCUAUCAAUUGAUCAAACUCCUUUCCGGCCUGAUGAACUUGAACGUGUGAAGCUUUGUGGAGCAAGAGUUCUCACUUUGGAUCAGAUUGAAGGACUCAAGACCCCAGAUGUGCAAUGCUGGGGCACUGAAGAAGACGAUGACGGUGAUCCUCCUAGAAUCUGGGUGCAAAAUGGGAUGUAUCCUGGUACAGCAUUUACAAGAAGUAUAGGUGAUUCCAUUGCCGAGACAGUAGGUGUUGUAGCAAACCCAGAAAUUGUUGUUUUGGAGCUCACUUCAAAUAAUCCGUUCUUUGUGAUUGCCAGUGAUGGGGUGUUUGAGUUUCUUUCCAGCCAAACUGUCGUGGAGAUGGUAUGGAUUUUUACGGUCAUUUCGCCAAACGAGGAGAGAGAUCAUAUGUUUGCUCUAAAAGUUGCUACUAGUUUCACCCAGUUUCCUGUUGAUGGCCCUGUUUCAUCCCAAGAGAUUGAAAUUUCUUAUGUGUUAAUUAUUUAUGAGGCUGAAGAUUUCUGUAACCUUAUUUUUAAUCAAUCUCUAAUGGGUCAUGCUCAGAGCAUUCAACACCAUUUCCCACAUCAUACAAUAUGUUAUCUUACAAAUAGGCUUAUGGCUUACAUCGAUAAAAGGUUGGUGGCAUUAGUUUGUAAGCCUCCAGAAACACGCCUAAUAUUUGCAGUCAAUGUUAUAAUCUACAUUUUUCUAACUUUGUUGAGCUACAGGUAUAAUAAACCCUUGCAAGCUUCUGUUCGUGCUGUGACCAAUGGAACUUUAUGGGCACUUAAAAGAGAAGAUUUUAGAGAAAUUCUUAUGUCAGAGUUCUCUAAUUUAUCGUCAUUGAAGUUACUUCAAUCAGUAGAUAUUUUGUCGAGGUUGACAAUCUUACAGCUGAGUCAUGUUGCAGAUUCUCUUUCAGAGGUGUCAUUCUCUGAUGGGCAGAGAAUAGUCAAUACGAGUGAGGACCUUUUGGGUUUGUACAUAAUACAGAAGGGAGUAGUAAAAAUUACUUGUGACAUGGAUUCAGUAAAAUGCGUAAAUGCAUCCAGCCUGAUGCAUAAAGUUGAGAAGCAGCAUGAUGAAAUUAAAGGCAAUAGAUUCUCUGUGGAGAAGACUGACGGAAGCUAUUUUGGCGAAUGGACACUUCUUGGAGAAAAUAUAGCUCCCUUAGGUAUUACUGCCGUGGGUGACGUGGUAUGCUCCAUCUUAACAAAGGAAAAGUUUGACUCAGUUGUGGGAUCCCUCGCAAAGCAUUCACAAGAAAAUGAUAAAUUGUUUCGGGCAAAGGACUAUUCUACUAGUAUCUCUACUGAAUCUAACAAAAAUUUGGAGAGUUCUACUAUUGGGAAAGUCCAACCUGCUGAUCUGGAGUGGAGAACGUGUUUGUGCUCCACAGACUGCAGCGAGAUUGGCCUAGUACUGUUGAGAGACUCAGAUAAUUUGCUUAGCUUGAAAAGGUUUUCAAAACAGAAGAUUAAAAACCUUGGAAAAGAGGCACGAGUCCUGAAGGAGAAGAAUUUAAUGAAGCAUAUAAGGCAGUCUACCUUUGUGCCUCGAGUUAUAUGCACUUCUGCUAAUCAGACACAUGCUGGCAUACUUUUAGAUACAUGUAUUGCCUGCUCAGCGAUCUCAAUAAUUCGCAAUGCACUUGAUGAACCAUCUGCAAGGUUCUGUGCUGCAUCUGUUGUUAUUGCCUUAGAUGAUUUGCACAAGAUGGGCAUUCUCUAUCGAGGUGUGUCUCCCGAUGUUCUGAUGUUUGACCAGACAGGAUAUAUACAGCUAGUAGAUUUCAAAUUUGGAAAGAUGUUAUCUGGUGAUUUUGGUGAGAGAACAUAUACUCUAUGUGGGAUGGCGAAUUCUUUGGCUCCAGAAAUAAUCCAGGGGAAAGGUCAUGGUUUUCCUGCUGACUGGUGGGCAUUGGGAACUUUCAUCUACUUCAUGCUACAAGGUGAAAUGCCUUUCGGAUCUUGGAGAGAAAGUGAGCUUACAUUUGCUAGAAUUGUGAAAGGACAGCUAACCCUUCCGCAAACUUUCAGUCUUGAAGCUGUUGAUCUCAUCACUAAGUUACUUGAAGUUGACGAAAGCACGAGGCUAGGAAGCCAAGGCAUCGACUCUAUCAAAUGUCAUCCUUGGUUUGAUGGUGUUGAUUGGGAAGGAUUAGCACAUCGUAUGGUUCCUGUUCCCAAUGAGAUUCUCUUGCGUAUAAAUCAACGCAUGGAAAGUUAUUCCGAGGAUGCAUCAGCUUCCAUUUAUUCCCCACUUAAAGAUGUAGAAGAACUUAACACUCCAGAAUGGCUUGAAGACUGGUAGAGCUUCUGGUUUUGCUUCAUUUACCGAAUAUAUCGAUGAUUUUUAUUGUUGGAAUUGAACUUGCACUUUUAUAUCAUUGUCUCGUGUACAUGGUUUAUAUGAUAGUCAUUGGGAAAGUGGAGAAAAUCUAACUGCGACUUACUCAAGCCAUAUAACAGCUCACAGAGGUUAGUCGAUGAGAUUUUUUUCGCAUUCCAUUAAUGUGAGUACGUAAAUAUGUAAAUGAAUGAGCGUUCGCUCUCCAUUUUCUACACCACCUCUGAAUUUGAGUAUGUUUCUGUAUCACUAUAGCAGAGUAUCUCCUAGGCAUUGAUUACUCAUGAUUUUAUGCAAAUGGAAUUGAUAUUUUUGCGAUUUAAUUUAAUAAUACCUCUUUCCUUUCGUACUA